AUGGGGUCCGACGGUGUACGUGACGGCAUGAAUGGGGCCCACGGUUGGAACGGUCACGGCGAAGUGCAAGGGCUCAGUUUGCGGACGAUUCCCGUGCACCGACCAAAGACCUCGAUGGUCGAAUCUAUAGGACCUAUUCCAUUAACCGACACCUCGUUCCCGUUCUCGUGGAGUUCUUAUUUAGCUAUUGGGAAGCAUGAUAGUAAAAUAACUUUUACGAGCACGGAGGAACCAACGAAGCCGUCUCAGAUACCUGGCAUUCGGCUCGUGGAUGGACCGUCUAUACUCGCGGGUAGAGUGCAGAUCCUUCACAGAGGCCAAUGGAGAUCCGUAUGUACAAAUUCCAGAAAUUGGACUAUCAACGACAUGGAGACUGCGUGCAGGCAAUUAGGGUUCAUGGGCGGAACAUUCUACAACUGGAUGGACAGACAACCGGGGCGACGAGCGCGCCUCUUACUAGAGGAGCCCAAGUGUAAAGGGACAGAGUAUGAUCUCUUCCAAUGCGACUGGAAUUCAAGACAGCUCGGCUCAGGCGUUUGUGACUUCCACCCCGAUCUUGGUAUACAAUGUUUGCCGCACCACGAUGAUAAUGAAAUAACAAACUUCGGCCAACAUUGGCGAGGUCUACGGUUCGAGAACGCCGUAUUCGAAAGAAUACUGACUGCUGAAAACACCUUAUACAUUCCAACUUCGAUGUCAAUUCUAAAACACGUAGUUGUUAGAAAUGCAGGGCUAGGAAGAGAUAAUAAUGCAACGAGUGCCUUAGACGUGAUAGAUAACACAAUUGAAAGAAAUAAACAGGGCGGGUUCGAUGUCGGGUUGCCUUACGUCUGGAAGUACAAUGAAAACUUCACUCAUUCAGUCUUUAUGUACAACAACACUUGGCGGAACAACCAGAAUUUCGGACUGAUUAUCGACGGCCAUUUCGCCGAAGUUAAUAUUACGAAGAAUAUCUUCACCGACAACAUUUGUAAAGUCGGUUUGAUAUCGAUUCGCGGUAUGGAAAAGAAAAUGAAAGUCGACGGUAACUCAAUUGAGAGGAACAACGGCCAGUACAUGGUCCAAUACUUUAUGGACAGCCAAAGUGAAAUAAUGGGAUCCGUUUACGCCGUAUUCGUUUAUAAUCAAGUCAAAAACAAUAGAUUCUCUUCGGCCGUUAACCAGGGGGCUUUGAUCAGAAGUCUAGAUCCGACUUACGUCAUAGGCUUUAAAGGAAUUCAGAAAGUGAAAGUGAGCAGAAACCUGUUCGGGAAUAACGAUUUGCAAUUCACUUUGGUCGCUGGCAUAAAAACGGCGAAAAUAGACAAUCUGUUAGACGUAACAGAAAACUGGUGGGGUAGUGCCGACGAGGGGGAAAUAAAGAAGCAAAUUUUCGAUUUCGACGAUUGGAACAAUCAUGCCAUUGCAACGUACCUGCCCUAUUUGCUUGAAGACAGUUUUGAUUCAAGCGUGUCUAUAACUUUUAGUGCGGAGAAUUCCAUCAAUAUUAAUGAACUCGGGGGCAGGUUGAUCACCGACCUAACCCUGGAAUCGCGUAUCGCGCCGUAUAUUGUGAAAGCUGACAUAACUGUGAUGCCUGCCGUUACGUUAACGAUCAAUCCAGGAGUCAUCUUAGAAUUUGCGCCAAACGUUGGUAUACUUGUUCUAGGUACGUUGCGUGCGAUUGGUCACUCCCAGCUCCCAAUAUUAAUGAGGCCACUUGCUGUUAACGGAAACAGCGACGAAAAGAGAAUUGAGAAAAGAAACGUCGGCCAAUACUCAUCGGCUCAUCGUAAGCAAAGACGACAAUUGGAGAAUUUAACAAUCCAUAAGUCCAUAAGACUAUGCACCGGAAGGAAUUGUUCUACUAAUGACGCGAAUACUGGAAGUACAAACGAAGGUUUCUUGGAAUACUACAACAAAACUACUCUGCAAUGGGUGCCUAUGUGCGAUAGUCGCUUCACCGAGAGGAACGCACAAGUCGUGUGUCGGGAGCUCGGUUUCGAUCCAAUCAACGUCUUCUUCGCGCACGACCGCCGAGUGGAAUAUCACAGCAGCUCAUUAUCCAGGGUUUGGUCGUGGCCCGAGCCGCUGCAAUGCGUCGGCACAGAAGACCGUUACGAGGACUGCCCCAUCAGGCUCAACGGCCAACUGUACGGACACAGGCACGAAUGCAAGUGGGACUCAGACUUUGUGUUCAUCCACUGCGGCGAGAGGAACCUGGACGAGGGGCUCGACUAUUGGGGCGGCAUCAGAUUCACCUACCCGGAGUUCGAGUACUCGCUCUACGAGCACAGGAUCCACGACCACCACACGCACGAGACCCUCAAGAGAGUAGAGAGCGUCGUGCAACACGUCCACAUAGUGGGAGCCGGGAUACUGCACAACGAAAAAUCUCCAGCGCUGCAGAGCAUAACGAAGACACCCAGCGUACAGAACGUGAACAUAACGAAGUGCGCCCACCACGGAAUCAACAUAAUCUCGCCGACCGACACAAUGAACUUGAUGACGAACUCCAUUAACGACGUGCUCGGCGAGGGUGUGAACGCUAUAUCCCUAACAGGCGAAGGUAGGGAAUCAGACGAGUCAAGCUUCACCCCCCUCAAGAGCCUGAGCCUCCCCUACCAUCUGUUCUCGGUCGUCGACAUCUGCGACAGCUCCAAAGUGAUAACGGUCGAGGAGCGCGUGCUCCUGUACUACAAGUAUGACAACAACCCGGUGAACUGCGUGAAAAUAUUCAAGAGCGUGUACCGCGUGAAGCCGUUCGGGUUCAGGCUGCUGCAGUUCAACCUGUUCAACCACACGCUGAACUACGGGAAACGCGACUCGUUGAGUUUGUACGACGGCGACAUUUACAACGUCACCGCGCCCCUAAUCGGUUACUUGGAGAGCGGUUCCGCAGACGAGAAAAGGCUGUUCAGGUCCGAGGGGGCCAGUCUGAGCGUCAAGUUGUUCGCGAACGGCGCGUCCUCCGUCCAUGGUUUCAUCGCUGAAGUCGUCACCCUACCGAUAUCCGCUAUAGGAUUCAACCGCGACGUCCAGCACAACAUAUCCAACAGCGAGUUCACGAAGAACCGCGACGGCGCCAUAAACUACCAGUCGGUCGGCGAAGUGAACCCACUGGUAGCGAUGACCCGCAACGACUUCACCGGCAACUGCCUCAAGUUGUACGGGAACUUCACCACUUGUGCCGCCGCCGUGGUAGUUGACGUGCAAAACACGCAGACUCUUGUGUUUCGGAACAACCUCCUGAGAGACAACGUUGGCGGUCUACUGGUGCGUGCAGACUCGCGUGGUUCAGCAACCUCCCUCCGCGGAUGGAUCCACAACAACCUGUUCUACGGAAACCACGACCUGCCUUGCCUGCAAGUCGAAGGGCGGCAGUCCUCGCCGUACCAGGAGGUGACCAUCUACCGCAACUACUUCACCCGCAACAGGGCCGAGUUCAGGGACGUGGUGGCGCUGCGCCAGGUCGUGUCCAACUUCACGCUCAACUACGUGCACAGGAACACCGGCCAGAGGAUCCUGCAGGUCUCCGGAUUCGACAAAGUCCGCCUGCCCAUAUACCAGACCACGUCGCACAACGGCUUCUACAGGAUCUUGGAAGUCCCUGGAUUCGACAAAGUCCGCCUGCCCAUAUACCAGACCACGUCGCACAACGGCUUCUACAGGAUCUUGGAAGUCCCUGGAUUCGACAAAGUCCGCCUGCCCAUAUACCAGACCACGUCGCACAACGGCUUCUACAGGAACUAUGCGCUGGACCGCAACGGACGCGCUACAGUGGCAGCCGGCACCGCGGGGCAGCACUAUGUCGACAACGUGUUCUUCAACCCAGACAACGACUAUGAGAUGAUCAGCGUCAACCGCUCCAUCUUUGUUGACUAUAAUCCCAAUGCCAUAAGUGCUUUGGAACUGUGGAGGACGCGAAUUGACGCGAAACACAACUACUGGAGUUACAACGAGAGUCUCGCGGUGGCUGGUCGAAUUCGGGAUCGAUCCGACGACCCUCUAUUGCUUGAGGUGGAGUAUCUGCCGUACCAUUGGAGUAAUGUGUCGGUGCUGCAGGGUGGGAAGUGCCCGCCCGGCUGGACGGCUAUAUCGGGCACCUGCUACAUGUACAUAGGGGCACCGAUGCGCUACGAGGAGGCAAGACGCUUUUGCCAGUCUGACAACGCGUCGAUGCCGUACGUGAGCGGCAGCUACGACGCGCUCUACGAGUUCGUCCACACGCAGAACCAGUGGUACCGCUACGGGGACCGGGUGUGGGUGAACCACAUCGACCACGUCGCCCAGUGCACCUCCUUCGCCUACUCUAGGGUGGAGGUGACGGACUGCAACCAGAAGAACGCAUUCAUAUGCGAAAUAGAUCCGAGGAUAUCCAUCGACCCGCUCGCCUGGCGAGGGGACACCUUGGCGGUGGCAUUCAUCGGGGUGCUGGUGGCAGCGGUGGUGCUGGUUGUGGCAGCGCUCAUCUGCUGGUACUCCAAGUCGAAGCACAGGCAUCUGCAGCGCUUAGAGAGACGGAACUCGAUACGACAGUCGCUGCAUUCGGUCCGCUCGAUCGGCAGCAUCAACGGGGGAUUCCCCGAUAACACUUACAGGAGAAAGCUCGCACAAAUGAGCACGCGUUCGACGGACACGCUGACUAAGGGUUCGGACUACCGGAAAAUGCUCGCGUCGACCACCUCCAUGGAGUCGAUGGAGAAGAGCCAGUUCAACUCGUCCAUAGAGGACAACCAGAGCUUCGAUAUAUACGAGGCGCACAACCCGAACAACGUGAUACAGCUGAAGCACAGCACAUUCAACAAGAACUCGCCGGAGUAUUCCGUCCCUCAGAGCGCCAAGCCGUACAACUUGGGCUACAGGAACGAAGGGUACAAGGAGAAUGCGGGGGCGAGCGAGGCGCCCUCUAUGUCCGAGGAGUUGCCCAUCAUCCACCAUCCGGGGGACACGCUGCCUUUGAGGCGGCUCGACGACGACCCACUGGCCCUUAAGAGGGAGCUGGAACGGGAGGGCAAGAUAUACGGGCCCUACGGUACACCCAACUACGGGGCCCAGCCGAAGCUCUCGUUCCUGAUGGAGUUGAGGUCCAAAAUGCCGGAACAACCACAACCCGGCGCGGUGCCGACCAGCACCUUCGGACAGAGGAGCAGCACACCACCAGACCAGCGGGAAUACUACGAGGACACCCUGCCUUCACCCCCCAACCCGCCGGUGUAUUCGAGCGCCUACGACUCUGAAGCGCUCGCCAGCUACGACUCCAGCCCCAACUCCUCGCAGCAGUACGACCACUACCCGUCGGAGCUGCAGGACCUGCACAGCAGAUCCAAGUCGGAGGCCCUGCUGGAGACCAACUUCGACUUCGACCAAACGAGCCCCACACCGAUGACUGAAGACAGCCGAUCGUACAGUCAGCCACUGGAGACGGCUAUG